UGCUUUGCAUCAAUACUUAACUAGUUUUUCUUCACAAAUGCUACUUAAAUUAGUCAUACAGCGAUUGAUAUGAAACAAAAGACGGUCUUCAGACGUCAAUCUGAAUACAAAAACUUUACGUCCCUAUAUCUCUGACGUUACGCCGUUGUAAUUGACGUCAUUGACUUCGCGCGUUAUGGUAACAAGGUUGAGCAUGUUUUGUCUAGUUGGGCCAAUAUCAGAUGGGUAAUGGCGACGUCUAGCCAGACGCUCAUACUUAAGAAAGGCGUACUUACCGAGGAUGAAGGGCGACCGACGUCGUCGGGCCAUCGGCCGGGAUCUCAGUGCUCUGUGCCGACAGAUUGCGAGUCCCGUACCCCGGUCCACUGCAGCAUCGUGACCGUAUUCAAUUUAGGGCAGGUGCUGGUGGGUGUGGGAAGGGACAUGCCGGACCGGGACGCUGUGCAGGCCCUUGGCGCGAGUCUGCGCAACUCUUCAAACAUCAAACUGUACCAAGGGGUUACACCAGCAUCCUCACAUUCGACCCGGACUCGAAAUCCUAUCUGUGACGUGGCAGCGCCGAACGAUCUAGCUUGCCCGGACGCCAAUGUCAUUCGCAGUGACAACAUCUACCGGAUCGCCCCAAGUCUGCACAUGCGCAGUGACACACCACCCAGUUGUCCGAACGCCGCAGUUUUCAGUUUCUGGAUCAACGAAAACGUGCCCCACUUGGAGUUAAAAUUGUUAGACUUCACUUACACGACCGCAUCUUGUGACAUUCUAUUUCGAGUUUUUGAUUAUGUUCGCAAACCUUAUUUAAUGACAUGAGGUUAGUUAAAACAAAGAACUUAAUUGUAUCGACCGGCUACAGCUGGUACUAUUGGUGACUUAAAUCAAAAAUGUAUUAUAAUUGCAAAGACGGACCUCGAUCAAAUAUAUCCCUCAUACUACGUAAAUAAUAAUUUUAUAAUAACAAAAUACAUAUGUACUAGCUAACUACAAUAACUACUGUUGCUGCUGCUAGUACUGCUAGUAUUACUUUUAAUAAUUAUUAUGAGCAAAAUGAAAUAAAGA